AUGGCAGAAGAAGAAGUCUCUGAGUGGAAUACAAGGUAUGGAAGCCACGCCCUUGACGAGCUUUUUUUAAGUCAGCCACAUCUCUUCUUUCUGCCUCAAGAACAACAGCUUAGGCUCAUGCCAAAGAAAAAUUCCAUCAUCAAUAGGUUAGUCUCAUCAAAGUUUGACUCCGGUCCGAGAAUCCAAGAUAUUGCAAACGCUCUGGCCAUGGUUGAACCCCUAACUCACCCAGUCCGACAAAUAUCUGAACCAAGGAUCCCAAUAUUGGGAAAGAGUACUUUGAGAAAGGUGGAUAGGUACACAUUAAAGGUGAAGAACAACUCUAAUGGAAUGAGUGAUGAUGGAUACAAAUGGAGAAAGUAUGGUCAGAAAUCCAUCAAAAAUAGUCCCAAUCCAAGAAGUUAUUACAAGUGCACAAACUCAAUAUGCAAUGCAAAGAAACAAGUGGAGAGAUCAAUUGAUGACCCUAACACAUAUAUCAUCACCUACGAGGGUUUCCAUUUGCAUUUCACCUAUCCUUUCUUCUUAUCCAAUAGCACACAUAGAUCCAAUAAAAAACCAAAAACACAUGAUGAUGCUCAAUAUAAAACCCAUUUUGAAAUCAAUCCAAAAUCUCUAACCCAAGAAAAAAACAAACAAACCAAACUAGUCGAACCCGACUACCAAAACUGUAUGGCAUAUGAAGCCGAUGGAACCACGCCCACAAACCUAGAAGAUGAAUUGUUUUUCCCACUUAUUCAGGGCAGGAAGCAACAAGGGCUUCUUGAAGAUGUGGUGGCUCCGGCAAUAAAAAAUAUUCUGACCAAUGAUAAUGUUUUGGCAGCUUCUUGGUCUUCGUUAUCGUCUUGUACUUCCUCAACAUGCUCUUUUUCUCGGACCGAUUCACCACCACUUUCUCCGUCUUUCUUUAAGUUGGACUCCCAGAUAUUCAACAUCAGAUUUAGUGAUGAAAGUGUUCAAUCGGAUCUUGUAAACUUCAAGCAUUUAUGA